AAGGGGCUAUCGUUGCUAUGCUGGUGACGUAUUACUUUGUUUUGUGUAUCAUUCUUCAUUCACAAUUCACAUGUUUUCAGCGUUCAGUUCUUGUCAUCUCACCUCUCACUAUCACUGGAAAUGGUGUUGUCUCCUCAUCACUUUAAUUAUUUCCUCCACUUUAGCAUCGUUUUCAAAGUUCGAUUUUACGUUGGUGUUGACCGACCUUUUCGCUCCUGACUCGAUGAGUUGAUCUUUCGUCCAGGUCGUCCUGGUCGUCCAGGUCGCAAGUGUGGUGCUCGCCGUGAUUUCCAUUGGAAAUAAAUUGCUCCAAUGAUAAACUUAAGUAAACUCGCUGAGUUGCGGAAGAAGAGUUUGGCACAGGAAAGCCCUAGAUCAACAAAAAAUUCUGACAGCCCGCCCGCCAAGAAGUCGAGAACGAAAGAGGGAGAGGCACCAUCGGGCUUUGGCACUUUGCAGCUGAAUCCUGAUGGCUCAUCAAAACGCCCAUUACGCUUGACUCAACGUCAACAGUCGCAAGCGCAAAAGCGACAAAGUCCUGUAUCACCCACGCGUGACUUAAAAAGGUGCGCCUGGAAGCUAUUUUCUUUCAACAACUGUAUCUUAGAAAACCUUAGAAAAUUUGAUCAUGAGAUGAGCGAGCGCUCACUGCGUUUCGUCGAUGUGCCGGACGUCAGUAAUGCGGACAGAAAUCGAUUGGUCGAGGGGAAAGAAGUCACUGCGGUCAGUGCACAACCCCCUGCUGCACUGCUGCUGUCGCAAGAGAAACCGCAGACAAAAAAUUCAACUAAAUGUGUUCCACCAUAAAGGUAUUAAUUUUGCUUCUUGACAUAAUUAUUUCCGAAUACCAAAAUUACAAAAAAAAAUAUAUAUGUUUACUAUUUUUACCGUUCGGGACAGUUUUCUUUGCCCACUGACAGAAUAUGGUGCCAUUCUGCUGCGAUUUCAAAUAUAAUCUUUGUCCCUCAGCCCUUAACAUAAAUAUAACAGAAUUCCAUUUGAUGUUCUAAAUAAAUCUAAAAUCAGUUUAGAUUUCUGAGUAAAACGAACAUCAGAGAUUCUAAGUUCUUGACCAAUUAUUUUUCACGUUUCUAAUGAUUGGCUGAGCUGAAUUUAGGUUUUAGAUUAGAAAUUAAUUUUGUCUUUGUCUGGUAUCCUUUAACAGCAUAUUGAAAUUUUUGGAGGAGAAAAGACAAAAAAUAUUGAACAAAUUUUUUCGACUUAAGUUAUAUUGCAAUUUUGGUUUAUUGUUUUGUUCACUCAAAAAUGUAUGCCUCAAAAAUCACUGGACUGCAUUGUUUAAAACCAGAGGUGAAAUGAUUUGCAGUGCACUGUUUCUUUAAACUGAAUGUAGAUUUUACCGCCUAGACCCGUUUUUUUAUAAUUUAUUCUAUAUUUCUUUUCCGGCUGCAAUUUUUGGGAGAAUCUUGUAGAACAAGCAAUCAUUUUACUAUAUUAUUUCGCAGUGUUCAUAAGGGCAUUUGAAGGCAUUAAAAUGCGCGAUCAAAUGGUAUUUUGCUAGACACCCCAGAUGAACCAAGCUCACAAAUUUGUGAAUUAGCUUUUUUUAUUGGAAUAUGGAGCAGAAAAAGUCAUGCUGCCCAUGUUAGGUCCCCCUUUCAAGCACAAAAAUUUACUUACAAGGAGGAAUUUGCACACUGAUAUGAUUCCAUUUUCAGUAACUCUAAUGAUCUAAGCAUAACCGGUCCUGCAUCGAGAGGACGGAGCAGUUGAUCAUGCGCUCACCUAAGAGCAAAGCCAGAGAGUGGCCAGUCUGACCAGCCUUCACCAACUAUAUAGCUGAUGAUGUGUUAGGCUUCCUGUGGUCCAAUGCCCAGCGAGUUGGAAGCUGAAAUCGGAGCACUUCUCACCUCACCUAUGCUGUCUUCCUGAUGAGCAAUCUUUGAUCUCUGUGCGCACUUGCCUGUAAGAUUCCCUUUGCUAUUUUGCAAAUUUUAUACACCUAUUUAAAAAGGAAAGGCUCUUUAGAGUUGAAUCUGAAUAGUCAGUAUCCACUAGUGAGCUCGCAACAUGAUGUGAGCUUUAGUUCAAACUAUUUUUUUCUUAUCAUGUACAAAAAUAUUUACCCUCAAUGAAAUCCUUGUACAGUGUAAGUAAUAAAGCAUUUUAUGUUUUUGAAAUUAUAAUUGCAA